UUGCGGACGCCAUAUUGCAACUCCGUCCAUUAUCGACGGAGAUUAAGAAGGAACCGGCCUUGAACCGUACCCAGUGACAUCCUGAUUUUUGAAAGCCAAAAUGAGUGUCAUCGUGCGGGACGAUGCUCUGCGCAAGAGGAUGCUCGAUCUGCGGGAUGUCCGCGUAGGAAAAGUCCCGCAGGACUCGCCGUGGAUGAGAACCGUUCGUUUGCAUUACACGCAAGACGGCCGAAGUAAGGAGUGGGACAUAAUAAAAAUUCACGACAGCGUGAGUAUAGUUGUCUUCAACACGAGUCGAAAGAAGCUCGUAUUUGUCAGGCAAUUUCGGCCAGCGGUGUAUUACGCGUGUCUGCCGGAAGGACAAAAUACAAUCGACACCGAACUCAAUCCCGCGACACUCGGUUUGGCUUUGGAGCUCUGCGCUGGCAUCAUAGACAAGGACAAACCGCUCGUCGAGAUUGCGAGGGACGAAUUGCUGGAGGAGUGCGGCUACGAGGCGCCAAUUUCAGAGUUCAAACAAGUUUGCACUUACUUAUCAAGUGCUUCUGCUAGUGCAAAGCAAACACUUUUCUACGUGGAAGUCACAGAUGACAUGCACACACAUCCUGGCGGUGGUGACGAAUCCGAAGGUGAGGUCAUAGAGGUGGUGGAAUUGAGCAUUCCAGAACUAAAGGAUUACGUAAAAUCCAAGGAAGUACAGAGUCCCUCCAGUUUUCUCUUUGGUGUGUCUUGGUUUUUACUUAAUAAACCUGAAUACUGUUCAUAGAUUAAAACUAAAGA